AUGUCCCAAUCGUGGUGUUUCACAUACGCCAAAACUCACCCCAAAGUUCUUAGAGGCACCUCGCCAUACUUGUAUCGCCGAUCCACCAAGAUACAUACCUCUCUCGACAUGGAAGAAUCAGAAACAUUAUUCGUUUCGGGUUCAGGAAACGGCUUCAUCUGGUCAGCCUGUCGCGCAUACAACCAAGGCGCCCCCCUGUUCAUUCGUCCUGAUGAUGUCUGGCUGGCGAUCCUCCAGAGCAUCGGCCGUUUCUGUCUUCCCGAGAUGGACGAGGCUCUGUUGAAGGAGAAGUUUGGCGUUCCUAGGUUGACCGACAAAGACUUUAGUAGCCCUAAUGCCUUGUCUAACGAAAUGGAGUAUCUCGUCAACAGGAGAUGCUUAUCAGAGGAACGCAAGAACUCGUUGAUGCCAGACUUUACCACGACGCGUCCGGAAGACGUCACGGCUGCUUGUGUCUCCAUCCUCGGUAAGCAGUGGAACGAGAAACUCCCAACCGACUUGCGCUUUCGAAUUGGCAGCAUUUCUAUGGUGACACUCGUUGGACAGCCUUGCGAUUGGUUAGGUCUCCUGGAUAAGCUGAAAGACUUCGAGGAUGAGGGUGAAGGCGUCCAGCUCUUUAUCAAACGCAUACGGCCGAUUUUGCGUCGCCUGCAUUAUGCCGCUCGUGAACCAGAUAGCCCAACGGCGCGCGAGUUGUUCAGCACAAUGGUUAGGAGGACACCCCCAGACGACGUCUGGUACGAAAUGGACAACGCAAAUGUGGUGGAUGGUUGGAUUGCUUCCUUUUACCAUCAAAACGAAAAGUGCCGAGCGUGGCAACUAGCUGGCGAGAGCUAUGAGCCAUUUGAAAAGUAUGGAAGCGAGGCCUCCGACACAGCCGGGGAAGAAGACGACGACGAGAUAUUCUAUUACACCGCCAAUCUCGCCGACAUUCCAACCGGAAUAUCGAAAAUGCCUGUACAGCUUCAGGGCGAAGACAAUACUCUUGAUUGUUUCAUGAUAGGAGGGUCUAUCGCUAUGGCUUAUGAUCGCAACGUACAUGACGUAUGGAUGUAUAGGCCGAUAUCAGGGUGGAUUAUGAGCUGCACCGAAGAUUCUGAAAUGGAACGCAAGAGACAAGAUAUCCUGCAUGAUGUAAGGAAAGAGAUCCGACGUGAGUGGCGAAAAGCCCAAAAUACUUUUGGUCACUGCGCCAGAAGCACUGAUGCGAUUGAGGCGGUGUUGAGUUCGAUCAAGCACCGGUUGGGUGAGUUAUGA